AUGAUUAUAGACCAACGGGUGCUAAUUCAAGUGAUCGUCCUAAAAGGAAAGGUGUCAAAAGCUGGUCAUUUCGUUAAAUCAUUCUUUAUUCAUUACACAAGCUUAUUUUAUUUUAUAGGAUAUUCAUUCUUUAAUUAUGAAUCCAGCAAGUCCUUUUCUGCUUACAAAAGUUUUGAAAGAUUGACGUCCGGUUCUCUGACAGGAACGGGCAUCAGUGGUGCACCAUCCCUCGUGUGUUAUGAUAACUUAGGUUGCUUUAACAACUUUCCACCAUUCCAUAACGAUGUUCUACCUCAGUCUCCUCUAGACCAGAACUUGGCUUAUGUCUUGUUCACUCAAAAAAACCCGUUGGUACCACAACUACUAGACUGUUCUUCUCCAGAAACGAUUGCUGUAUCAAAUUUUGACAAUUCCAAGAAAAUCUACGUUAUCAUUCAUGGAUAUAAAAAUACAGGACUUGAUAUCUGGGUACGACAGAUGGCAGCACAAAUUCUUACAAAGGAAGAUGCUAAUGUAAUUGCUGUUGAAUGGUCAAAAGGUGCAAGUGGUCUGUACAAACAGGCUGCUGCCAAUUCUAGAAUUGUGGGUGCUAGUGUUGCUGCCAUGCUAGAUAAAUUGGCAUCAAGUAACCUCUAUACUAUUUUCACACCUCAUCACAUCCAUAUUAUUGGACAUGGGGUUGGAGCUCAUGCUGCUGGUUUUGCCGGUAAGAAGUCGCCAUGGAUUGGCAGGAUUACUGGUUUAGAUCCAGCAGGUCCAUUAUUCGAAGAUGUUAGUGCCUGGGCUAGAUUAGAUUCUUUUGAUGCUCAAAUAGUUGAUGUGAUACAUACUGAUACACCUGGAAAUGGACAGAUAGGACUGGGCAUAUCAAAAUCUAUUGGUAGUGUUGAUUUCUAUCCUAAUGGUGGAAUAGAUCAACCUGGAUGUCCACCUGCCGCAUAUUCUUUAGAAGAUUUCCUACUGGGGAAUAUCGAUGCUAUUGCGUGUGAUCACCUACGUGCUAUAGAUUAUUUUGUUGCGUCUAUCAACAACUGUGAAUUCCUAGCAGUGCCAUGUGAUGAAUCUAUCAUACGUACAGCACCACUGACUUGUAAUAGCUGUGGGUACCAAGGUUGUGCCAGAAUGGGAUUUAACUAUUCACCAACAUCGAGCUUUGGUCGUGGUUCUUAUUUCUUACUUACUACACCGACGUUUCCGUUUUGUAUUGCUUAA